AUGAAAAUAAGGCACACAUCGCUAUUCCUAAUCUGUAAAAGCCCAAGAUUCCAUUGUUUGUGUUGUGUAAAUAGAUUAUCUAAGGAAAUAUCGAAGAGUUGUAGCAAUUUUAUUAAAAUAACGAGAGAAAAAACUAACAUAAUAACGAAGACCGGCGGAGUACUGGAUUCAUAUUUUGAAAUACACAAUAGUGAGCUGUUUAUUGAGCCAAUAAUACUGGAUAGUGGGUCGUUAACGGUAGAAAUUAACAUUCACACACUUUUCGAAUCGUUAAGCUCAACACUGAGAAGCGACUAUAUAAUACUCACCAUCAACGACAAGGAAGACGAGAAUUUGUACAUAAAGUAUUUGGAUUCGAUAUACUCUGAAAUAGAUAUAACGCUGAAAAUACCAGUGUCAAUACUACCUGAUUGCUCUAAUAAAUUACCGGAGAUCCCAUUUACAAACUAUAAUUUGAAUUUGGUGAAGCUUCAAACAAUAUCGUUCCUAUUAUACUCACUUAACAGAAUAGGAAACGACGUGGUAGAGUUUGAGAUCUCAAAGAGAGCACCUUCGGAAGAAAACUUAUUCAACAAGUGUAUAUUAACAUUAAGAUCAGAAGGAGCAAUUGUAAAUUUGGAAACCAAAUUUUACGAAUUUAAAGUUUUUUCGUCCUACCCAUCAGAAGAAGAGGAAGUAAUAGAAGAAGUGCAAGACGAAACUAUCAGCAUAUUUGUAAACACCAACUCACUGAAUAUAUUACUCAAGAGCAUAAUUGAGGCUAACCUGUAUAACCAAACGAAAUCGUUAAUAAUAAUAUCAAUACCAGAAGAUUACAAUAUUAGCAGGAACGUGUACAUCAUUAUAUCGAUAAUAAACGUAAGAUUUAAAACGAAAAUAAGAAAUAUAGCUGGAUACUUAAUUAUAAGUUGGAAAAAGAUGAAGAUAUUGAUAGUUGUACUAGUGAUGAAUAGAAUUAGUUGUUAUGUAUUGAACAGUAAUUUCAAUUACUUUCAAACUAUAAAGCUUAAUAAACUGUUUACACCGAAAGAUGGUUUUAAACUAAAUGUUUAUGACAAAGGCACAGCAGUGAAUGAAAAUAAAGUGUUUGAGUUGAUGAAGUUGCCGUAUGUAAUGGUGACUGAGAUCUUUACAAAUAUGGAUGAGUUGGAUCCGGAUAUAUCAAAAGAAACAGUGGAGUACCACUAUUUAAAGCACCACCAAGGCUACGUAAAUAAGCUAAACGAAUUGGGGAAAACGCACAGAUACGUGUUUAACUACACGUUGGAAGAAUUGAUUAAAAUGGAGCCUAAAAACAAUAGUAUAUAUAAUCUGGCGUGUCAAAUAUGGAAUCACGAUUUCUACUGGCUUGGUUUGGAUCCAAAGGGCAGCGGAAGGCCGAACCUCGCAGUGGAACAAAUAAUAAAUGACUCCUUCGAAAGCUUCAGUAAUUUCAAGAAGGAAUUUACAGAAACGGCCAUGAAGCACUUUGGAAGCGGCUGGGUAUGGCUUCUAUAUUACAAACAUAAGCCACACCUGAGAAUAGUGGAUACACACGACGCAGAUAACCCAAUGAAGUUGUUCAACACGUACCCGUUGCUAGUGCUUGAUGUAUGGGAACACGCAUAUUAUAUAGACCACAGAAACGAUAGAAAAUCAUAUAUCGAUAAAUGGUUUAACAAAAUCAACUGGAAUCGAGUGGAGAAUUUGCUUGAACACAAUUUGAAGUAA